AGAAUAAGAAAAACAAAACAUCCGAUAUGCUUCUCGCUGUGUAGGAUUCUGUUGAAUAUGGAGAAAAAGAAGUUUAAUAUCAAUUUAGAUGACUCAGCUUUCACCAAAGAAAGAUCGCCGGUUCGUCCGCUGUUCAAAGCCUCGACCGCUGACGCUCAGAAAGGCCCGGAAGUAUCCUCAACGGCGCCUCAGCAUGGCGGCCAGCCGCUCUCCUAUGCGCAGUUCAUCAUCCAGAGCAAAGGUCGCCCAGCGGGGCCUGCACAGGGAGGGGGCACCACUGUGCGGGGGCUGAGAGAGGACGCUCAGGGCAGCGAGGGAGAGAGCGAGGCAGCCGUCCGGCAACCUCCCAUCUCCGAGGGGGGGUCAGGAAAGAGCCAGCAGCAGGCAGAGAGGAGCGGAGGAGUGGGGGGCACUGCUGCAACCGUGGCAACGGGGGAUCAGGAGGAAGGUCCGAGUGUCACUCCGCACCUGCUGGGGUCAGGAAGCAGCAUCAUCGUCAGUCCCCGACAGAGAGGAAACCCCAUCUUGAAGUUUGUGAGGAGUGUACCCUGGGAGUUUGGAGAUGUGGUGCCUGACUAUGUCCUCGGACGGACCACCUGUGCUCUCUUUCUCAGUGUGCGUUAUCAUAAUCUGAACCCCAACUACGUCCAUGAGCGCUUGAAGCUGCUGGGAAACUGCUUCUCUCUCAGGGUGCUACUGGUGCAGGUGGACGUGAAAGACCCCCAUCACGCUCUGAGGGAACUGGCUCGGAUCUGCAUCAUGGCCGACUGCACACUCAUCCUGGCCUGGAGCCCAGAGGAGGCGGGUCGUUAUCUGGAGACGUAUAAAUCCUAUGAGAAGAAGCCUGCAGACCUGCUGAAGGAACAGGUGGAGAAGGACUACCUGUCCAAGGUGACGGACUGCCUGACUACAGUGAAGUCUGUGAACAAGACGGAUGCCGUCACUCUGCUCUCCACCUUCUCAUCUGUGGAGGGCAUCAUUAAGGCGUCUAAAGAGGAGCUGGUCCUGUGUCCUGGCCUGGGUCCCCAGAAGGCCAAACGGCUCUAUGAUGUGCUCCAUCAGCCUUUCCUCAAGUCCAGCAAGAAGGACAGCUGACCCUCUUCUGGACACGGUUCUCCUCCAUCUGCAGAACUGUAGUGUCGUCCAUACGGAACCCACACGGUUCUCCUGCACCCACAGAACUCUACAACCCUCUGCACGGAACACACACGGUUCUGGUUUUCCCCUGAAACUCAAUACAAAUGUGUGGUUCUGUGUUGCAGAACCUUCUCAGAACCAUUGACACAUUUAAUUCACAAACAUUGUAAAUAAAUAUUGUGUUUUUGUACAA